AUGUGUCUGCUGGACGUUUAUGAACUGACCUUCAGCGACUUCUUCGAUGAGGAUAGACCAGACUACUACAUCCUCUCCCAUAGAUGGUUUGGCGCGGACGAUGAGGUGUCGUACGAAGACUUCAUUGAGGAAUUUUGCUACUUUAUCAAGGCGCGCAAUGAACGCAGCGUCAGGAGGACAAACUGGGCUUGGGUAGACACUUGUUGCAUUGACAAGCGCAGCAGUGCUGAGCUCACGGAAGCGAUCAAUAGUAUGAUCAAUUGGUAUGCCGAGGCUUCGGACUGUGUAGCGUACUUGUGGGACGUCGACACUUCGGAGUCCUUGAGGAAAAGCGAUUGGUGGUCUCGUGGAUGGAGUAAGUGCUUCUCCCAGCUUAGGGAGCUUCUGGCUCCGCGAACCGUCCUCUUCGUUGAUCGAGGAUGGGAUAUCGAAGGCCACAAGUGUGCCUGGAAUACAAUUAAUGAUAGCGGAGACUGCGUGGUGUAUGCUAGCGAGGCGCUAGCUCCUCCGCACCGUGGCCGUAACCUCAACUCGCAGAGAAGUAACAUUACUGGCAUUCAGGAAGAGUAUCGAAAUGUCUUCGCUACUUUGGCAAUCUACUGGGCUGCGAUUCGGCGCACGUCUAGGAUCGAAGAUCAGGCGUAUUCUCUCUUCGGCUUAUUCGACGUCAACCUCCCGUUGUUGUACGGCGAGCGAAGCCAUUGUCACACAAUUCGAUGA